CACUCUCUCUUUUUUUCUUCCUCUCUCCACUCUAAGCUGUAAAAGAAUGAGCUGCCUGACAGAUCCUGGGCACAAUGAUUCAAGACCAAAAGCAAUGAUCUGUACAGCUCACUCUCUGUUUGCAAUAGCAUUAUCAUCAGUGACAGCUGCUGCAGCUUUAGCAGUGGCUUCCAGGCUCAGAAGCUUUGCAUCUUCCCUUCUUUGCUGCUUUUACUGCUUAUCACACAUCGGAGAGGGCCAGACAGGUAGGUGCAGACAAUGAAAGAGAGGUAAAGGGAGAGAAAGAGUAGAGAGCUGGACAGUAAGAAGGUGGGGGGGGCAGAGAAAGAACAAAGGAGGGAGUGAAAGAGGAGGGGGAAGAGAAACAGUGUUAGCUGAACAUAUUAGGGACGUGUGAGGGGAAGGCUGGUAGAGAGUGUGGGCUGGGUUAUACGGCACUUAAAAGGCACCAGCUGUGAGCGUUUCAAGCCUGAAUAACGGACAGGCAGGCAGAAGCAGAGGGGCAAGAAAGGGAAAGGAGGAAAGGGAGAGAGGGCAAAAGAGGUAGAGAGAGAGAGAGAAGCACUGGACAGGAACAUCCAGCAGUGCACCUACUGGUUCAGUACACACUCUUGUGGAGGGCUACUCACAGCAACAAGGUUUAUUUUUAGAUUUCCCCCGUCCCCUUGAUCCCUCUUAUUUGGUGGUUGGAAGUUGGAGCCGACAAUGCAUUGGGCUGUUUUGCUGCUGGCCCUGAUAGGAGCCAGUGCUCUGAAACCCGAGUGGGAGCCCGGGACUUACGAGUCUUCGGAAACAGGGGCCGAGCAGUUUGUGAGUGACUACAACACAACUGCAGAGCAAGUCUUCUACUUCAGCACAGAGGCCAGCUGGACGUACAACACCAACCUGACGGACUACAACUCCCAGCAACAGGUUCAGGCAUCUUUGGAGGAGCAAGCAUUUAUUGAGGCCUGGGGACAGAAGGCUAAGGACACCUUCAAAGAUGCACUCAUGGACACCUUUACCAAUCAGGAACUGAAGACACUCAUCAAAAAGAUCAAUGUGCUGGGACCUGCCAACCUCCCUACAACAGAAAGAGAAAGGUACAAUACCAUCUUGAGUCAGAUGGACAACAUCUACUCCACUGCGAAACUGUGUCCUAAAGAAGAAGAGUGCUGGUCUUUGGAACCUGAGUUGAAGGAGAUAUUGGCUAACUCCCGGAGCUACAAGAGGCUACUGUAUGCCUGGGAGGGCUGGCACAAUGUCUCUGGAAAGCCACUCAAGGACCUUUACCCUGAGUUUGUGGAGCUCAGCAACAAGGCCUCCACUAUGGAUGGUUUUGAAGAUACUGGUGCUUACUGGCGUUCCUGGUAUGAGUCUCCCACAUUUGAGCAGGACUUGGAGAUCCUGUUCAAAGAACUGCAGCCUCUUUACCUGAACCUGCAUGCCUUCGUCCGGCGCAAGCUCUAUGACUUUUACGGUCCCAAGUACAUCAACCUUAACGGACCAAUACCUGCCCAUCUUCUCGGAAACAUGUGGUCACAAACCUGGAAUAACAUCUAUGACAUGAUGAUUCCGUUCCCUGAUAAGCCAAAUGUGGAUGUCACUAGCAACAUGGUUGCACAAGGCUACAAUGCCACCCACAUGUUCCGUGUGGCUGAGGAGUUCUUCACUUCUCUGGGACUGCUGGAGAUGCCCCCCAAGUUCUGGGAGAAGUCCAUGCUGGAGAAGCCCGAUGGCCGAGAGGUGGUGUGCCAUGCCUCUGCCUGGGACUUCUAUAACCGCGAGGACUUCAGGAUCAAGCAGUGCACUAUAGUGACUAUGGAGCAGCUCUUCACUGUACAUCAUGAGAUGGGCCAUGUGGAGUAUUACCUGCAGUACAAAGACCAGCCGGUUAGCUUCAGGCGUGGAGCCAACCCGGGCUUCCAUGAAGCCAUUGGAGACGUGCUGUCUCUUUCUGUCUCGACGCCCAAACACCUGCACACUAUUGGCCUUCUGGAAACACUGGCUGAUGAUAAUGAGACCGACAUCAAUUACCUAUUAAAGAUGGCUUUGGAGAAGAUAGCAUUCCUUCCUUUUGGAUACCUCAUUGAUCAGUGGCGCUGGGGUGUGUUCAGUGGACGUACACCGCCUGAGCGCUACAAUGCAGAGUGGUGGUACCUCAGGACAAAAUACCAAGGCAUCUGUCCACCAGUAAGACGGACAGAGGAGUUCUUUGACCCUGGGGCAAAAUAUCAUAUCCCAGGAAAUACUCCCUACAUCAGGUACUUUGUGAGCUUCAUUCUGCAGUUCCAGUUUCAUCAGAAACUUUGCCAAGAGGCUGGGCACGUUGGACCCCUGCACAAGUGUGACAUCUACAGAUCAGCGGAGGCUGGAGCUGUUUUGGAGAAAGUCUUGCGCGCUGGCUCAUCUAGGCCCUGGACGGAAGUGCUUCAAGAUGCUUUGGGCACAAACAAAAUGGAUGCCAGUCCCCUGAUGGAAUACUUUCAGCCUGUAACCGCAUGGUUAGAGGAACAGAACAGGCUGACAGGUGAAACGCUGGGCUGGCCUGACUUUGACUGGAUGCCACCUGUUCCAGAGGGGUACCCAGAAGACGUUGCUGACAAAAUAACCGAUGAGACGCAGGCAAAACAGUUCUUGGAUCAGUACAACUCCACAGCGGAGAUUGUCUGGAACGCUUACACUGAGGCUUCAUGGGCCUACAACACUGAUAUCAAUGAAGAGAACAAGCAAAUUAUGCUGGAGAAAAACCUGGAGAUGGCCAACCACACAAAGACCUAUGGACUGGAGGCCCGCAAAUACGACACUACUGACUUUCAGGACCCUUCAGUAAAAAGGAUUCUUAAGAAACUUAGUGAUCUGGAAAGGGCCGUGCUGCCUGAUGCUGAACUGAAGGAGUACAAUAACUUGUUGGCCUCUAUGGAGACUACAUACAGUGUAGCUAAAGUCUGUAAAGAUGAAAAUACCUGUCUACCUCUUGAUCCAGACCUGAAUAGGAUCAUGGCUGAGUCCAGAGAUUAUGAUGAGUUACUGUUUGCCUGGCAAGGCUGGCGCAAUGCUUCAGGAAGAGAACUGCGCCAGAGCUAUGAGAGAUAUGUAGAGCUCGCCAACUUGGCUGCCCGCAGUAACGGUCACGCAGACAAUGGGGCUUUCUGGCGCUCCUUAUAUGAAACACCCACCUUUGAGGAGGACCUGGAGGCGUUAUGGAAAGAUCUACAGCCCCUUUACCUCAAUUUGCACACUUAUGUCCGCCGCGCUCUCUUCAAAAAGUACGGAGCAAAACACAUCAACCUCAAAGGGCCAAUUCCAGCUCAUUUAUUAGGAAACAUGUGGGCCCAGACUUGGUCCAGCAUCAUGGACCUGGUCAUGCCCUACCCUGAAGCCACUCAGAUUGAUGUCACACAAGCCAUGAUAACCAAUGGCUGGAAUGCAUUGCGAAUGUUCAAUGAGUCUGAAAGAUUCUUCACGUCUUUGGGACUGAUGGCCAUGCCUGAUGAGUUCUGGCAGAAGUCCAUGCUGGAGAAACCCACAGACCGGGAGGUGGUAUGUCAUGCCUCUGCCUGGGACUUCUACAACCGCAAAGACUUCAGGAUCAAGCAGUGCACGGUGGUAAACAUGGAUGACCUCAUCACAGUGCACCAUGAGAUGGGCCAUGUGCAGUACUUCCUGCAGUACAAGGAGCAGCCCAUUUCCUUCCGCGAUGGUGCCAACCCAGGAUUCCACGAGGCUAUUGGAGACGUCCUAGCCCUGUCAGUGUCCACUCCUAAACACCUCCACAGCAUCGGCUUGCUGGACAAGGUGGAGGACAACCAAGAGAGCACCAUUAACUUCCUAAUGAGCAUUGCCUUGGAUAAAAUCGCCUUCCUGCCAUUCGGCUACCUGAUGGACCAGUGGCGGUGGAAGGUGUUUGAUGGCAGGAUACCAAGCAGCGAGUACAAUAAAGAGUGGUGGAACCUCAGGCUGAAGUAUCAGGGUCUGUGCCCUCCUGUGACACGCACAGAAGAAGACUUUGACCCGGGCGCAAAGUUUCAUAUCCCAGCCAACGUACCCUAUAUCAGGUACUUUGUCAGCUUUGUGAUCCAGUUCCAGUUCCAUAAAGCUCUGUGUGAAGCUGCUGGUCACACUGGUCCUUUGCACAACUGUGACAUCUAUGAGUCCAAAGAGGCAGGAAAACUGCUUGGUGAUGUGAUGCAGCUUGGCUAUAGUAAGCCCUGGCCUGAGGCGAUGGCUAUGAUCACUGGCCAGCCCGAAAUGUCUGUGCAGCCUCUCAUGGAGUACUUCCAGCCCCUCAUCACCUGGUUAGAGCAGGAAAACAAAAAGAAUGGCGACAUCCUUGGAUGGCCUGAAUACAGCUGGAUGCCGUCCACAACUGAGAAUACUGUAGUGGUGGUGGAGGACAGCUCAGUAGACUUUUUGGGCUUGAAUGUAGACCAAGCUGCAGCUACAGCUGGUCAGUGGGUCCUCCUGGUGCUCGGUAUGGUUCUCCUGCUCGCUACCAUCUUCUUGGCCUAUAAGUACAGAAAAUCCAGACACCUACAGAACAAAUCCAUCUCUCAAAUGGAGCUCAAAUAGGAGUCUUCAUACAGCAAUUUGGCUGUAGGUUCAAAUGCCCAUGUUUUUUUUUUUUCUUUCUGAAAACAAAAGAAAACAAUCCACCUCUUUUUGAAUGUCAUGUAUAUUUAUUAAUUAUUUUUGGUCAAAUUUGUUUGACUAUGCAAUGAAAGCUGACUUGUAAUUUAUUUGUAAAGAUUUAAACUCAAUGUUGGGUGGGUAGGGACUGUUUUCAGUUGUUUGUAAAGUCUUACCUGUGUAUGUAUUUUUAGAUUGAUUUUAUAGGUAAAUACUUUACCUUUAUAGAAUAAAAAGAAAUAAUUAUUCA